GCUGCAUUGAAAAAAAAUUACGGAAGGCUGCUUCUGUCUUCGUUAAAGACCUUUUUAGGAAGUAACCUUGCAGAACUUCAACAAUUCGCAUUGUACCGGACGAGAGACAGCAACUACGACUCGAUCAAUCGUAGCAUUCGAUUAGAUUAUUUAAAUCGCGACCGCCGUGCAUUAAUUCAGCUAAAUCGAUUUCUCCUCAACCCCACACGGGAUUAUCACAGCCAUCACAAUGGUCCAACCAAGUACGGUACUGACGAUAUCAGCCGCAACGGCGGCCACCGGUAUACUAGCAUACGCCAUCUACUUCGACUACCAACGGCGCGUAGACCCCAACUUCCGAAGAAACUUGCGACGGGAAGAGCGACGACAAGCGCGCGCGGAGAAGGAGGAAGCCCAGGCGCAGACGAAGCAGAAGCGCAAGGACAUCCAGCGGGUGGUCGACUCGACUAAGGAGGAGGGAUUCCCCACUGGUGUCAACGAGAAGGAGCAGUUUUUCAUGGACCACGUUCAGAAGGGAGAAUUGCUCGCAGCCGAUCCAUCUCGAACGAUGGAAGCCGCUCUAGCCUUCUACAAGGCCUUGAAGGUAUACCCGACUCCGGGUGACCUAAUUAGCAUUUACGACAAGACUGUGGAUAAGCGAGUAUUAGACGUUUUGGCCGAGAUGAUCGCCUAUGACAAGGACCUCGAUCUUGGCAGCGGCGGCGGCAUCAACCUCUCAGACCUACCUAGCGCAGGUCUGGACUAGAAAUAGGAUAGGAUAAGAAUAGGAGUCUAAUACACCCCCAUCAUCCUCAUCCAUACUUAAAUCCAUAACGACACUACUACUCCCUCCACUCUUCCCCUCAUGAAAACAAACGACUGGUAGAUAGGCUUCGCUCGCCCCGGGGUCGGUCAAGUAAAAAAUCCAACCCCUAGGCAGAUAGACGAGAAGCUUCUGAGCAAAAAGGUGAAUGGUUCCCGCGGUAUAAGAAGGGAGCCAGGCGCUACGCGCAGAAAGGAAAUACCUCGAAUACCUUGUAUGAUAUAAUGUUCGGCCAGCAGCAUGCGCCUGGCCGUAUACUCUUCGGUUCGGAUGUUCCGGUAGAUAGGGCGGCUCCGCUGUACAUUUUUCUCACGAUCAUGCUCGGUGCGGCUGGUAUAGACAAACGAAUUGAACCAUGAU